AGCAACUGGGGAAUCUGUUGCUACCGAUCUCCAUCUAAGGGUCUCAGGAACUCUGCUCUCAGAUGGAACAGUUUCUAGCCUCUUGGGUCGGGGAGCAGUCUCCUCCCUUGCUUGGGACUCUGGAACCAUCUCAUUCUGGUGAAAGUAAGGUCAGCCUAGGACCAGAAGCCUUUCGCGGAGAAAAGGCUGACAUGCCAGUCCUAUGUGACAGAUUACUGAAGCUAAAGGAGAUGUUUAACUCUAAAUUUGGAUCCAUUCCCAAGUUUUAUGUUCGAGCACCAGGAAGAGUCAACAUAAUAGGAGAGCACAUAGAUUACUGUGGAUAUUCUGUUCUUCCUAUGGCUGUAGAACAAGAUAUGUUAAUAGCUGUGGAACCCGUGAAAACACACAUUCUCCAAUUGGCCAACACAAAUCCCUUGUAUCCGGACUUCAGUACUAGUGCGAAUAACAUUCAGAUUGACAAAACAAAACCUUUCUGGCACAACUAUUUCCUAUGUGGAUUUAAAGGAAUUCAGGAACACUUUGGUCUUAGUAACCUGACUGGAAUGAACUGUCUGGUAGACGGAAAUAUCCCACCAAGUUCAGGCCUCUCCAGCUCUAGUGCUUUGGUCUGUUGUGCUGGCUUAGUGACACUUACAGUGCUGGGAAUGAACCUAUCCAAGGUGGAGCUUGCAGAAAUCUGUGCCAAGAGUGAGCGUUAUAUUGGAACUGAAGGAGGAGGCAUGGACCAGUCCAUAUCAUUUCUUGCAGAAGAAGGAACUGCCAAGUUGAUAGAAUUUAGUCCUCUGAGGGCAACUGAUGUGAAACUCCCAAGUGGAGCAGUAUUUGUGAUUGCCAACAGUUGUGUGGAAAUGAAUAAGGCAGCAACUUCCCAUUUCAAUACCAGAGUGAUGGAGUGUCGACUGGCUGCAAAGCUCCUGGCUAAGUACAAAAGCUUGCAAUGGGACAAAGUUCUGCGACUGGAGGAGGUACAGACGGAACUAGGGAUUAGUCUGGAAGAAAUGCUGUUGGUCACAGAGGAUGCCCUUCAUUCUGAACCCUAUAGCCCUGAGGAGAUCUGUAGGUGUCUGGGAAUUAGCCUGGAGGAACUCCGAACACAAAUCCUGAGUCCGAACACUCAAGAUGUGCUCAUCUUCAAACUCUACCAGCGGGCAAAGCACGUGUACAGCGAGGCUGCGAGAGUGCUCCAGUUUAAGAAGAUAUGUGAAGAAGCACCUGACAACAUAGUCCAGCUGCUAGGAGAGUUAAUGAACCAGAGCCACAGGAGCUGCCGGGACAUGUACGAGUGCAGUUGCCCUGAGCUGGACCAGCUGGUGGACAUCUGUCGGAAGUCUGGGGCUCCUGGGUCACGACUGACUGGAGCUGGAUGGGGAGGCUGCACGGUAUCAAUAGUGCCUGCUGACAAGUUGCCCAGCUUCCUAGCAAACGUGCAGGAGGCUUAUUACCAGAGGAGCGAUCGCAGCUUAGCCCCAGAGAAGCAGAGUUUGUUUGCUACCAAACCUGGAGGCGGAGCUUUGGUUUUCCUUGAGGCCUAAACAAUGUAAAAUAACUCAGAGAAACUAUUUAGGGCAUUUAAGAACUGGCAGGACUUCCUAUGCCACAGUAAAUUAAUCCUCUUUCUGUUUUAUAUUAUGAUGAAUGCUUGCUAUUAUCAAGAUGUAUUUCCAAAGAAAUGGUUCAAAUCUCUCUAUACUUCAUAAUGAUUAUUUUUCCAUUUUAAAAUAUUUUUUUAACCAGUAAAAACCAAGAUUGUGCUUGGACAGAUCUUUUAUGAAUGAUUUACUAAAAUUUAUUGGUUUGAAGAUUUUAAAGAUGAAUGGUGAAACACACUGUUAAUACAUGGGUUGGACUUGAAUUAAACACACCACUAAAAUUAAACUGAUACAAUUGAAUCCUGUGCAUUAUUCUUAAAUGAAGUUCUUUUCUGUUCUCCAUAAGCGUCUUUCCUCAAAGGUGUAGUCUUCUGUUGAUGAUGAUGAUGAUGAUGAUGAUGAUAGUGAUGCCACCAAUUCUCCCUCAAUUUUAGCCUCAGCAUCCUAUGAAAAUAAUACAUGGUUAAGGAUUCACAGAUUUUCCUGGACAUUCUUUACUCAAAUGUGAUUUUGUUCCAUUCUGAUUUCUGACUUGAAAAGAAGAAAUCCUGCCAUCACUAAGUGGUCUAGAAAUUAUGAAAGAUAUCAAACUUGUCUGGAAAGGAUAAGGCUGGGACCACUGGAAAAAAGCUUUAUGAAGAAAAUGAAGUUUGACCCUAAUGAAUGAGUAGAGUUGGAAAGCUAGGGAGUAUGUGUUGCAGAUCAACAUGGCAUAGUGUAACCUGCAGACACGGGGUGGGCGGAAUGCUCAGUGGGAGUGAAGGGUUUGUUUGGGGAUGUACUGAAGAAUAAUAUUGGCUGUAGUGGCUGGAACCAGCUUUUGAAAAGCUCCAAAUCCAGGCAGAAUUUAGAUCAGAGUUGCAAGCAGGCAGCCCACAGGCCACAUCUGGUCUUCAAAUGUAGUUUGGCCCACUGCAUGUUUAAAACUUUGGGGAUUAAAUCAAGAGAUUUUAUAAAGAACUUGGAUUACCAGUGGGAGAUUGAUAACACUUGGGCCUCCAUUCCUGCAGGGCAACAGUGAGUGAGGGCUGAGGCAGCACCGCCUUGCUGGGUGAGGCACAGCCCCCCUGUGCUGGUUUCCCUCCUGCUCAGACCAUUCACCAUUUACCUUUCCACAGGCACUUGCUCCUUACCAGCACAUAUGCACUGUUAUUUUCUUAUAUAAGUAUUUCUCUGUGCCCAUAUCUGUCAGUAAUAGGAAAGACAGACGAAGAAAAAUGGGAGAAAGAUUUUUUGUGUGUGUGUGGGAGUAAAGCCUCAUUCCAUCCGUUUAAUAUAAAACAUGCAACUGUUUCAUUUAUUUUCUAUCACUUUAUUGUCCCAAGUAAAAAUUUGAUUAUUUGAACCAUUUUUGACCCAUUAUACUGGUCACCAAUGGGAUUGCUCUAGAUUUAGUGGAAACCUGAUAUGGUGAAAAUAGGGCUCUGUUCCAUUCCUGUCCUCAGAUUGUCCAACUUUCUGAUUUCUUGUACAAGGGUCUCUGUGUUUUGGAAAAAGUCCCUUCACACUUAACAGAAUCUCCCAGAAGGGAAGGAGGAGCAGAUGAGGAGGGGUCAAGGAAAACAAAAAAGAUGGAGGAGUCUCCUUCUUUUCUUUCCUCCUACAUAUGACUCCUUUUUAGAACCUUAUCACAUUCUGCCUUAUGUUUGUGUUAACUGAGGGCAGGGGCCUUUCAUUUAAUGUGGCAGUUGUCAACCAAUUUGCCUUUGUUGGAUUACUAAUGAA